AUGAGUGAGGUUAAGGAAGUAAAUUCAAGCCCAGUAAUGAUCAUCAAAAACCCUUCUGGGUCAGAAUCUCCAUCUCCGGUGAUCUCAGCACCACCAUACCAAUCGAGUCCGUCACCGUUGAUUCUUGAUUCAGUUAAUCAGACGAACCUUAAGAGUCCAUUUGCUGUUCUCACACCUUUAGCGAGUCCGAUGAAAAAGGCCAUGAAGAGCAUGCAUAAUUACCUUGAAGAAAUUGGCCAUCUGACGAAGCUUGAUCCACAAGAAGAUUGGCUGCCCAUUACUGAGUCAAGAAACGGGAAUGCAUAUUAUGCUGCAUUUCAUACCCUAAGUUCUGGGAUUGGAAUUCAAGCCCUUGUUCUUCCACUUGCUUUUACUGCCCUUGGUUGGACAUGGGGAAUUAUAUGCCUAUCAUUGGCAUUUGUAUGGCAAUUAUACACGUUGUGGUUACUAAUACAGCUCCAUGAAUCCGUACCUGGAACUCGCCAUAGCCGAUACCUCUUACUCUCAAUGGCUGCUUUUGGUAAUAAACUGGGAAAGCUAAUGGCGCUUCUUCCAACGAUGUAUCUCUCCAGCGGCACUUGCAUAACCCUAAUAAUGAUCGGCGGGGCCGCCUUGAAAAUCUUCUUCCAAAUUGUGUGUAGCAACUCCACAUGCAAUGCAAAUUCAAUAACCACCGUUGAGUGGUACACUGUUUUCACUUGCUCAGCCGUGAUCUUGGCUCAACUUCCCAACUUGAACUCCAUCGCCGGAGUGUCCCUGAUCGGCGCCACCACGGCAAUCACAUAUUGCACUCUAACAUGGGUUUUAUCUGUCACCAAAAACAGGCCAAAUGGCAUAUCCUAUGAACCCUUAGAGACCAAAUCUGUUAUUGCUAACAGUUGCAGCAUUCUUAAUGCACUUGGAAUCAUUGCGUUUGCUUUCAGGGGUCACAAUCUUGUCUUGGAAAUACAGGGAACUAUGCCUUCUAGUCUAAAGCACCCAUCGCAUCAGCCAAUGUGGAAAGGGGUGAAGUUUGCAUAUCUAAUCAUCUCCUGCUGUUUGUUUCCACUGGCAAUAGGAGGCUAUUGGGCAUAUGGGAACUUUUUAAUUCUCCAUUCUGAUGACAAUGCACUUUUCGACCAAAUGCCUGCAAAUGCCGGGAUCUUGAGUGCAUUGGCCAAGUAUCAUGGACAUGACACGAGUAAGGUUAUUUUGGGGUUAGCAAGUCUCUUGGUCUUGAUCAACAGCCUCACCUCUUUCCAAAUAUACGCAAUGCCAGUUUUCGACAAUUUCGAGUUCAGGUACACUAGCAAUCAGAACAGACCGUGUCCAUUGUGGGUUAGGACGGCACUGCGCAUGUUCUUUGGAUGCCUGACACUCUUCGUAGCCAUAGCAUUCCCAUUCUUGCCAAGUUUGGCUGGAUUGAUAGGAGGGAUUGCAUUGCCAGUAACUUUAGCAUAUCCCUGCUUGAUGUGGAUUAUGAUCAAGAAGCCAGAAAAGUAUAGUGCAAUGUGGUCUCUCAAUUGGUCACUAGGAUCUCUGGGACUUAUACUGAGCAUUCUACUAGUAUUGAGCGCAAUAUGGACCAUAGUGACACACGGAAUAGAAGUCCACUUUUUCAAGCCCCAAACCAGACCUGUACUCAGUUUAGCACAGAUGCCACAGAAUCCGGCCUGGUUUGAAUGUAGUACUGAUGACACAUGUCAUGGAAUCAAAUGGUUGGCCAUAGUGAAUAUUGAAUCAGAGGGUGAUGGUGUGUGGAUGGAGAAAAGUUCUAGUGGUGACAAUGGGAAACAAGAGGUGGCUGUGUUUUAUGGGUUUAAUAUGUCUAGCAGACACAUUUCAAGAUCAGGUGGUCGGCGGUGGCUGAGAGCUGACGGCGGCAGCGACGAUUUUGAACAGAUGAUUGAACGAGAAAGAGGAGAAGGGAAAAUCAUUAGCGUUCGUUUCGGUUUUGACGGUGGUCGGCGGUCGCUGAGAGCUGACGGCGGCAGCGACGAUUUUGAACAGCUGAUUGAACGAGAAAGAGGAGAAGGGAAAAUCAUUAACGUUCGUUUCGGUUUCAACGGUACUACCUCCUUAUAG